CCCAAACGUAAACAUGAGACGCACAAAUAAUCUGUGCGGCCUCUUUUAUAUGAACUGUAAGCGGAAGUACUUCAUAUAGAGACCAGAACGAUAGAGUACAGAACGAUGGCUCACCGGCUGCUAGUCCGUAGAAUUUGGACCCUCUCUGUAAAAGACUUCCGCUGUCUCCCGGCCUCCUCCUCCUCCUUCUCUACCUCCCUGCGUUCCUCCACUGCCCCUCUAUCCUUCCUUUCCCCCAAACGCACUCUGUUCCGCUCCCUGCCCCACACUUCCCGCAGAGAGGUCUCCUUCAACGUGCAGGACCAUGAGGACUUCACAGAGAGAGUCAUCAACAGUGAGCUGCCUGUGCUCAUUGACUUCCAUGCCCAGUGGUGUGGUCCCUGCAAGAUACUGGGGCCAAGAUUAGAGAAAGCUGUUGCCAAACAGAAAGGCAAAGUUGCCAUGGCAAAGGUCGACAUAGACGAUCACACAGACUUGGCCAUUGAAUAUGGGGUAUCGGCGGUCCCCACGGUAAUCGCCAUGCGAGGAGGCGACGUCAUCGACCAGUUUGUGGGAAUCAAAGAUGAUGAGGCGCUGGACUCGUUUGUCAGCAAGCUCAUUGGACAAUGAACAUGUCAAUCACAUCCCUGUGAUCCAACCCCUUAUGACCCCAUUGUUGUCUGAGCCUGGCCAGGUCCUCAGCGCUACACGGCCA